ACCAUGGCUUUUCCAAACCAAUCCAUGUCAGAUUCUGCCCAGAGGAAGAUGGGAAGAGGGAAGAUUGAGAUCAAGCGGAUUGAGAACACCACAAAUCGCCAAGUUACCUUCUGCAAGCGCAGAAAUGGCUUGCUCAAGAAGGCAUAUGAGUUAUCUGUGCUUUGUGAUGCAGAAGUUGCUCUAAUAGUCUUCUCAAGCCGUGGACGCCUCUAUGAAUAUGCUAAUAACAGCGUCAAAGCAUCUAUUGAGAGGUACAAGAAAGCAUGUUCAGAUUCGUCUAGUGGCGGAUCCGCUUCAGAGACUAAUGCUCAGUUUUACCAGCAAGAAGCUGCCAAACUGCGUGUUCAAAUCAGUAAUCUGCAGAAUCACAACAGGCAAAUGAUGGGUGAGGCUUUGAGCUCUAUGAAUUCCAAGGAUCUCAGAAACCUUGAGACUAAAUUGGAAAAAGGGAUUAGCAAAAUUCGUUCCAAGAAGAACGAGCUGCUAUUUUCAGAAAUCGAAUACAUGCAGAAAAGGGAGAUAGACUUGCAUAAUAAUAACCAGCUUCUUAGAGCAAAGAUAGCCGAAAGUGAGACAAGCCACCAUAACGUUAACAUGUUGCCUGGAGGCACAAACUAUGAUUCUAUGCAAUCUCAGGCGCAGCAGUUUGACUCUCGCAGCUACUUCCAAGUGUCUGGAUUACAACCCAGUAAUCAGUAUGCAAGGCAAGACCAUAUGUCCCUUCAAUUUGUUUGAUGAGUUUGCGCUUGAGAAGGGUAAAGACUUCGAUUUUCAGCUAUGUGUAUUUUGGCAUCUAGUGUGUUAGCAGAUGAAUGCUAAAAAGCCAAAAGGAAAUAUAAGCAGAACUAUGCUGAGAGCAUUCAUUUAAGUUUUCCUCUCAGUA